AUGUGCAUUUCCUUACCAGAUGAUCAAAACAUCGUUCGUCUGGACCGCGACUGGAGCACGUACUGCGGAGAUCAACAGCCCAUUGGACCUCUGAUGAGCGAAAUGCCGGCGGUUUACGUGAAUGCCAACUACGUGAAGGCCUGCUGUUACGAUGCCCUGGGACGGGCACAGGUUGCGUCGAAGACCAGCCUACCGGAGUACAUUGCCACUCAGGGACCGCUCACGCACACUGUGGCCGACUUUCUCUACAUGGUGCAUCAACAACGCUCUCCAGUUGUCAUCAUGCUCUGCAACACCAUUGAGGGAGGAAAGCCCAAGUGUGCUCAGUACUGGCCUGACGCAAAAGGCCUGGCAGAGGAAGAAAGGAGUCUAGCACGGACUGUUACCGUGACCCUGCAUGAGACGAUUACGUCGCCCUUCAUGGUGACACGAGUGCUGACGGUGCAGCCAGAAGGAACAGCAGAGCUGAUCUUCUCGGCGGCAGGUAAGACUCGUUGUGCUCCCGGUUUGGCCGUUUCCUAUAUCUUCCAUUGCUACUCAAUUGUCCCUCCUCUCUUGCCUGCUUCUCGUGUUCUUCUUGUUGUCGUUGCUGUGGACUUGCUGUGGUUGCCUGCCUGGCGCUUUGUCCUUUGCUGUUUUUCCUUCCUCGCGGACCCCAAGUAG